AUGGAUAAAUUCCUCGUUGAUAGAGGUACGUUGGUGGUCUACGGACAUGUUUUUGGUGAGAUUGAAGGGCUGGCUGGAAUAAUGCAAAGAAAUGGGGAGUUCUCCAAUAAGCCGGGUGACAGACAGAGUGAGUUGAAGAAGAGAAAUUUGAGGGAUGGGUUCGGGUCUUCACCGUUGGCGGUUUCGAGGGAUCGUGAGGGAUGGUACGUAUUUGCUGGGACGAGUAUGAGGAAAGGAGACUUCGUAGUUCUAGUUGGUAGAGGGAAAGACCCAUUAAUUCUGCGAAGGCCGGAGCAUGAUGAGCAGCUAGGAGGUGGUAGCAGAAAGCAGAAUACUGAGACGCCUAUGUACCAAUUAGUAGCAACAGCGAAUGUACCAGAUAUUGGGGAGAUCCAGAAGAAGCUUGUUUUGGGGGACAUACAAUGGGAUGUUAAAGAAUUGAUUAUAGAGAGAGGUAGGUCGGUUUUACGGAUUGUUCUAUAUGAUGAUAGUCUCGCCUAG